UCGUUCCAUUUAUUAUUGACCAACUUUGGCUUCUUCUAGUUUAUAUUCUAGCACAAUUUCAGCUUUUCAGGCUACCUAUAUUUCAUUCAGUUACAGUUUAUAACUGCUGAAUCAAGAAUAAUAUUAAGAAAAGACUUUUAUUAAGUUCACAAUGCGUUUCAAGUUUGGUAAUUUUGGUCGUUUGAGAAGUGCUGGAAGUCUUUAUGAAGAGAAACGUUGGCGUUGUUGUCUUUGUUGUCAUGUGAGAACUGGUACCAUUUUUUUAGGCGUGUGGCAUCUAGCUUUGCAUAUGCUGUCACUGGCUGCUAUUGCUGUCCUAGUGUUGCACCCACAAACUAUUAACCAAAAAUCUGGUCCCCGUAAUGGAAAUGGAAUAUCAUUUGCUGAAAAUGACAUUGACCAGGACCUACUUGCCAUCCUCCCAACACCGCUGAGUGCUGAAAUUCAUGAAGAACCUCAAGCACUUCCAUUAUCAGAAACAAUAACAGGAUCUGUUCAAAAUGCUAAGCCAAAUACUGAUUCAUCUUCCAAACUUUUGUAUGGAUCUUUUGUUUAUAAAGAUUGGUUUGGCGAGCAUCCACCUCCAGAUCGUCAUGUCACCUACCAGGAUCUGAACAUUAGUAUUGGUGUCAACUUCUGCACUUUAGGAAUCACACUUCUUAUGAUUUAUGGAGCUGUACGAGGAAAAUCAAUUUACAUCAUGCCAUUUUUUUGCCUCCAGGCAUUUGAAUUUUUUGUGACUAGUUUGUCAGUAAUAGGUUACUUGUCAUAUGUACCAGACAUCAGGCAAGUUUUGAUUAAAAGUCCAAAUAUCCCACUGAGAAAUGAAUUACUUGCAAUGGAUCCACAGUGUCUCUCUCUCUUGAUUUUGGCGGGAAUUUUGUUGAUGCUUAUGGCCAAAGCCUAUUUCAUCAGCAUUGUUUGGAGUUGCUACAAGUUCCUUACUAUGAGGGCUGAAGCCGUCCUUGAACGUGACAACUGUAUAUCUGGUAUUGUCGAUGGGCAAAAUCUGCUUGAAAUACCUUCCUCGAUGUGCUCACCUGGUUCAGAUUUGCCAGACUAUGCCACUGCUAUGACCGAUCCUCGUUUCGCAAAAAAACCCAUUUAUCCAGUUCCUCCUCCACCUUAUGCCGCCGUAGUUGAUGUUGCAUCCGAGUCCGAGGCGUCUGAAUCUGAGGCUGUUAACGUUGCUCUUUCUCCGGAGUCCCCCAAACCCUAAGGUGAUUCUUAGUCAAUGGCAAUUACGAACUUCUAAAAACGUUGUUAAAGUUCGGAUCGAGAAAUCAACAAGCAUAGUGCUACCAAGAGUUCACUUCUUAUAAUAUUACUUUUUUUUUAACACGCUUCGGUUAAUGAGAAUUAGGCUGCAACCGUAGUUUUUGUUUAGAAACGCUGAAUUUCUUUCGUCUCUUCUGAUGUAUUCUACCCCUUUGAUAAAGUCCCGGUAUUUAAAAAAACGGGUGGCACCUACAUCACAUAUUACCAGAAGAUGCUAGAAAUGUGUAUAAAUAACCUCUUUCGAUUGACGUACUAUACCUUUCCAAUAAACUUAAUAUGGCUGUAA